GCUACGCCACUGGGGGCGGCCCGAAGAGGAGCGCAAGCGCACUGCGUUGCGAGUCUCGGGACCCGUUUCCGAGACUAUGGCGCUCAACAAGAAUCACUCGGAGGGUGGCGGAGUGAUCGUCAACAACACCGAGAGCAUCCUAAUGUCGUAUGAUCAUGUAGAACUUACGUUCAAUGACAUGAAGAAUGUGCCAGAGGCCUUCAAAGGGACCAAGAAGGGCACCGUCUACCUUACCCCUUACCGGGUCAUCUUUCUGUCCAAGGGGAAGGAUGCCAUGCAGUCCUUUAUGAUGCCUUUCUAUCUGAUGAAGGACUGUGAGAUUAAGCAACCUGUGUUUGGUGCAAACUACAUCAAGGGAACAGUGAAGGCCGAAGCAGGAGGUGGCUGGGAAGGCUCUGCGUUGUACAAGUUGACCUUUAUGGCAGGGGGUGCCAUCGAGUUUGGACAAAGGAUGCUACAGGUGGCGUCUCAAGCCUCUCGAGGUGAAGCCCCCAGUGGAGCCUAUGGGUACUCUUACAUGCCCAGCGGGGCCUAUGUCUUUCCCCCGCCAGUCGCCAAUGGAAUGUACCCCUGCCCUCCUGGCUACCCCUAUCCACCGCCCCCACCUGAGUUCUAUCCGGGACCUCCCAUGAUGGACGGGGCCAUGGGAUAUGUGCAGCCCCCGCCACCACCCUACCCUGGGCCCAUGGAACCUCCGGUCAGCGGCCCUGAUGUUCCCUCCACUCCUGCAGCCGAAGCCAAGGCCGCAGAAGCAGCUGCCAGCGCCUAUUACAACCCAGGAAACCCCCACAACGUCUACAUGCCCACGAGCCAGCCUCCACCACCUCCCUACUACCCCCCAGAAGAUAAGAAGACCCAGUAGACCCCUCACACCCCCUGCCUCCCACCUCUCAUCACUCUUUCCUUCCCUCCCCUUGGGGCCCAGUCUGGGCUUGGGCCUGUGAUGAGGGGGCCUUGUUCUUCCUCCAGGUCUGAUGAUAAAACACUUACCAGGAACUAGCGUUGAGGGAAGGAGGGGCCCUUGACUCGGGAGCAGUGCCUCCCAGCUUCCCACCCAGCCCGCAGCCCAGGCGCUGCUCAGCGCGCUUCCCUCCCACCGUCGCUGGGCUCUCCUUGGGCACGCGGGGCAUCCCCCUCCUUCCCGGCUUGCUCUAGCAACUUCUACCCAUGGAGGGACUCUCUGGCCACCUCCUCCACCGCAGUCCAGCUCCUCGUUUUGGUAGCCACUUUAUACUCAGCCUCCCGAGCUCCCGUUGGACCAGCUGCGUGUCUUCCCGAGGGCCCUGCCAGGCCCCCUCACAUUCCCUCCGCUCUGGUCUGCGCCUCGCCCAGGAAGCCACCUUCCCACCGGACUGUCAGCCCACAUUCAGUUCCUAGCCGUCCUCCAGCCCAGUCAUACAUGCCUUCCCUUCUCUGUCCUGUCCUUGCUCUCUGUGGCCACUACUGUGGGACUUUGGGAGCUUUACCUUGAGCUGCCAGGGGCUGGGUGGCAUGAGGGCCAGGCCACAGUGGCUGGGGGAAGGAGCCCCUGCUUCCCUGCUGGUGUUUCUGGAAUUUGGUUCCCUUUGCCUUCUCUCUUUUCCCUCUAGAAGAGGCCUCUCUGACUGGAACUGGAGAAUGCAUGUCCAUCCCACCAUGCCAUUCGGGGGCUGCUGGGCAGGCUGGGAACAAACCCCUGACUCCAGGGGCCUGGCCUGGGCCUGUGUGCUGACCAUAACCUCUCCCCAGCCCCUCAGCCUGCCCUCUUCCCUUUAAGCUUCAUGCCUGGUUGGCGAUAUGUCCCCUGGAUGCACUAAAAUUUGCUCUCAUUUGCUCCUGGACUGGCCAUGAAGUGAGGAGAUGGUUAUUUAAAGAGAAUUCCCUAUUUAUUUGACCAAAAAAAUCCAGUUAAUAUAUUAAUGUGAAAUAAACCCUCUUUGCACCUUGA